AUGUCUCCAACCCCUAUCGCUGCUUACAAAGAUGCCACCAACCAAGAUGAUGCAGAGACCGAGCGAAUUAAUCCCUACCUCUGGGUUUUAGACGGUCUGGUGUCAUCCAUGACCAAGACAGCUUAUAGGAGGCCACAGAAGUCCAGCAUCCAGCUGAAAAUAUAUAUGAUGCGAUGGUUAAAGACCAACCUACAGAAACUUCGCAAGAAGUACAAAAAGUACAAUGGCGAUCGAAAAGUGCACACAAAUACCCUCAGUCCAUCUUUGAGAAGUGAGGACCCAAGCUCCAGCGGAUCGGCUGCAAAGUUGCAUUAUGCAACACCUCAGGCAGUUCCAAGCUUUAUUCCGCACACUUUAUAUGCAAAUGAACAGAACGCUGGCUGCCAGUCAGGUAAGUGCAUCCUAAUGCCUCAUAUACAUAACAGACUACUUCCCCGUUAAAGGCUCGAGAUGCCUUCAAAGAGAGGAUUUGAUGGACCUCGACGUAAUCAGGUCUCAUCAUCUACAUAAUCACCUCGCCCGUCGCGUAAGUUGUCUGACACGGACUUUUCAUCCACUCAUCUGCUCCUAGAUAUCACAACCCCAAAUUGGCACUGCCGUUCAAGUUUCCAUUAACGUGGAGAACAAGGUUCGUCCGGUGGUCACCACUUUCCACCGAACCUUCACAAAUGCGUUUUGUACAAUGCAGACUGAUGAUUUGAACGGGUACGCAGGUCGAAUUUGGUAUUCAUUUGAAUGUGUAAAGAGGCAGCGAUGCAGUACUAACGAGAACCUUCUUGUUAUCCUGCAGGUUGCCUGAAGAUGGCCAGCGAGCGGAGGCAGCAGUUGUGCUGGUGGAUCGAGCAAAGCGACAUCGCGCUUGCAAGCAUCGAUCACCAGCCAAUGUUGGCCUGAUCAUUUGCGUCGAAAGCGGAAAGCAGCAGCAGCAGCAGGGGCGUCCACGUUGGCGAUGGUGGUCGCACCGAGGGGGAUUGUUGAUUGGCCUUGGACUACUUGUCUCUUGUAUGUUAGUCGCCGGCGGGCUUAUCUGGAGCACUUCGGACACAAAAUGCAUCUACGGCGGAUUUAGCCUUUGCGUCCACCGGACAGGAUUGCCAGCGAUUUGACAUGAUCGGCUUCAUCGUUUAUGCUAUAAGCAGACAGUCACGCAGGCAGGCGGGCAGGCAGAAAUGCAGGACCAGCAACAUGAAUGGCAAGGACACUAGAAGCAACACGAACUACAGCAACAACAUUAGCAGCGGCGGUGGCGGCGGCAGCAGCAGAGGCGUCCACGUCGGCAAUGGUGGUUGCAUCGAGAGGAGUCGUUGAUUUGCGUUGGACGACUCGUUUCCUGUAUGCUAGUCGCGAGCGGGAUUGUGUGGAGCACUUGCAAUACAAAGUGUAUUUACGGCGGGUUUGUCGCUUGUGUCCACCGGACUGGGCCGCCACCGGUUUGAUGAGGCAGAUCACACCGUUCUCCAUUCAAACAUGACGGUAUGUUCAUUUGGCAGAUAUUAUCCACUCAAAUUCUUAAUCACACUAGGCCGCACGUGGCAGUAAUUGAAGAGUGUGGAAGUUGAGAAAACCAGUCCAGAAGACGUAGAUGGAACUGAAGGUAGAGAAGUGGACUGUCGAGUAGAUUAGGAGGCGAAUUUUGAUAACGAGUGCACCGUGUACUCUGGUGUCUGGCCGUAUAACUUAUCACAUAGGUUCCACGUCUUUUACAUGAUUUAGGCCUAUUUUCCAUAUUUCCUCAUUGAUCUUAUGUACGCUAAGCAUUUUCAUCGAGUUUGCCUUUAGAUGUUGAGAUCAUCCCAGGACUCGUCUCCGUUAAAGGUAGAUUGACUAGGCGCGUCUCUUGCUGCAAUUACAGACAAUCACAUACUUGUAGCGUAAGUGUUCACUAAAUCGAAGAUUUUGGAGUUAGGUUGACAGAUGAAUUCUUAGAUGCUGUGUCGGGACACGAUUGAUGUUCUGACACCUGUUUCUGAUAGAUGUGGCGUUUGUUUAAAAUGGACAGGCGAGUGAAACGAGAACGCUUGACGUGAACAAAUGAAGAUGGCGUGAGCAUGCUGUAUAAGCAAACGCAUGACAUCGGGUGUAUGUAAACUUCCCUGUUCUCGUUGAAAGGAGAUUGUGGCGAGAUAGUAUUUGAGGCACUUUAUUUCGUUGUCAUGCCUUCGCAGUAGGAAAUGCGCCUCCAAAAACGCAAGCGACGUUUCCGCCAUCGAGAACGAUUAUAUCCACUAUGUUUUACACAAGGUGACGUACGCAGGAUGAUGAAUCGUGCAUCUAAUAGAUUACAAUGAAAGCAAAUUUGUAUAGCAACUGCCCACUUUCUUCUACCCUACCCGCAAUGGCUCAAUUAAAAGACGGAGUCAGGGCGAUCAUAGACGGACUCGGGCGCAGUAGCUGACAGUUGUAGCCUGUCUGCCUGUAUUGCAUAUGAUCUUGAUCCCACAUAAUGUACCAGGUUUUCAAAUGAAGGGAUCUGCGGAUGGCUUUUCGCCUCAAUAGCCGACCGUCUUCCAUCCACAACAUUUAGCGCGUGGUGCAGAAUGCUCUGUGUUUCAGGUGCUCCUUAUUAGCCGACAUGGAUCAAGUGCGGCGGUAAUGUGUACUCCAAUCCGAAUUAGCGACUAUUCUCGUGUAGAUUGAACCAUUGGAGUCGACUUCACCUCACUCUUUCACUUUCUUCCUCUCUAAACACCAGUCCACCGUCCAAGAGAGGACUGAACAUCCUUUGACGGCGUGAGCAGAUGAGACAGGCACUCUGUGUGUAUUUCGUGGCGCCUGGGACUAAUUACCUAGUUUCAGCCCGAGGGAUUCCGUAGGCUUAUAUGGAGUAAAAUGAGCGGUUUUGGAAUUCAGAUUAAAAUGGAAUACGUUUAUUAAAGCGGCCCGAGGGCGAUGUUAGACGUCUUCUAUUGCUGGGUGUGGCAAAUUUCUUAAUUUGCGUUAUGGCACUAAGGUACCGCCGCAAUGUAUGGCCACGUGGCCGAAAAGACUAAUGUAGUGUCUGCACAUGCCAAGGCAAUGGGCGCGGGUGGGGCACGUGCGAUCCGUGUAUCUUGGGGCGCAAAUGCUGGAUUGUCAGUCUGAGUGCUAUAGAUUCGGGAGUGACUAGACGGGCUAAGGUAGGCUGCUCAGAACUGCGCCAAUUACAUGAGUAAUGAUUGGAUUCUCUUGUAGAUUACCUGGAAUCAUACUUAAAUAUUCACAAACCCAUGCAUAGGCGAAUCAGGAAAAACUAUCAUGAAUGCAUUAGCUGCUCUGCUUUGAUGGAGUACCCAUCAUUAUUUGUCACAAUGACUGUAUAUAUGUAACCCUUACCGAUUUCCCAGAUUGUCGUUGUCGUAGUCGACAUUGUCUCUUCUUGUGCAUUGGCUCGCCGUAACUUAAACACAGCGUCCUAAAGAGCGUCUACAUGGCGACAGUUCUGAGUCAUUAAUUUGCAACUGACGUCAUCGGAUAUUCGACGCAUUUUGAGGCAAUCAGUGUGCCAGAUGACAGAUGUCCAUACCCCGGUGGCAAUAACGAUGCAUUCGUGGCUGUUCAUUCGCAAAAAGUGUGGCUGAUCUUAUUUACAGGCAGCCUCAUCUAAGAUUCACUUAACAUUCGCUGACACUGCGGACGCCGAAUAGCCCGCAGUCAGACUUAUGGGCAGAUACGAAAUAUAAAUUUGAUUAAAACAUUUGCAUAUGUCCCUGGCGCGUAAAGCCGUGUAGUAUUCGGCGCCCUAGUCUCGGGGCAAACGAAGGCUCUCUGUUUUCCCUUAACUUUCCGGACAGAACUGCAACAUCAACAGUAGGGCUGUUUUGAACACCACAUGCAAUGCGUUUGCACAAGAUACCGACAUCUAGCCCUAUACCAUUUUCCCUGUCAAGCGUAAUCCUUUCGCUCGCCAAGUCCAGUGCAUGAAGUCCAAUAUUUCAUAUGGUUCAGCAAGAAGACUCCUCCCAAAUUCUUAAUGUCAUUUAAGUGACCUGCAAUUGGGAAAACCCAGAAGCAAAAUAUGCCUUAUACUUAAACUAAGAAGUGAUUGGUGACAGGCAGUCAGCCAUCUACAUAGGAAGGUGAGUCUUGGGAAAAUCUGACUAUCUAAAGACAGGCUCCAAUUCAGAUAUGGCCGUGCAAAUGCAAGCAAUGAGGAAAUAGGGAAAUUUGUCCUUGAAAUUUACUACGACGCGAGACAUAUGUGACCUGUCAUACAGUGAGACAUUAGAGUCCGUCUCCUCACUAUCGAAAUCUCGUGUCCUUAUCUAAUCACAGUUGCCCCCUCAACCAUCACUUCCAUGGACACCAUCUGAACUGUUGCCUCCAACUUCCACAUCUUUGAUUGGCUGCGUAGUGUGCCCUGUUAUGAGUAAGAAUUUCUGCUGGAUGAUAUUUGCUAUAAUGCGCACAUCCUCAUGUUUGAAUGGGGCAGUGCAGUUUGUCUCUUCAGAUCUCUGGAGACCAUCCUGUUCGCGCUGGGCACAGUGGCCAAACCAACUGAAAAUGCACUGUUGGUUGCAAGUGCUUCGCAUAAGUCCGGUUGCGGCAAGUAUGCGGGCGAUGAGGAGGCUAGCGCGAAACAGUGAUUUUUCUCGAUGCUGCCACCGCCUAAUGGGCACCUCUGUGUGCUUUGCAGUUCCGAUGCAUGCGAUGUGUUCCUGUAUUGUGUAGUAGUAUGGCCUGCACAGCGACCGUAUGUGAUUAGGGCAGUAGUGCAUGUCUGUAAUAGAAAUCCGAUUUCAAAACACCUCUUAUUCAAUAAAAUCUGUAUGAAACCAUAUGGCUUAUUCUACUUCUGCUUGUUACUGGAUGCCAACCUGUCGCUAAAUGAUGAUAUCAGAUGUGGUAGUAGUUGUUGGCUUGAAUGAUGAGAAUUUCCAAAUGGUUCCACCACCGUCUCUAGGGAUCGGAAGGCAACAAUGUUGCGACUGGGGCUCUAAAUGAUUAUAUUCCCUGUUACUCAUUGCUCAUAUGAAGCCGGUGGUUGGUACAAAGAUGUGCUGAUAAGCUGUGUCCAUAGCAGGCGCUGGUGACGGUUAAUAUCUAACUCUAACUCUUAGAAUAACGAAUACUUUUGAGAGCGAAAACUGGCUAGUUAGGGCAACUUUCUAAUUCGCUUUAUGUGAUGUACAUCUACUGCUUGAAUGAGCCCGGCCACAAACUUAUGUGUGAGGAAUCGAGAGACAGUGACAGAGAAAAAGAGAGAAAAAGAAAUAGUAUGUGGUUUUGUCUAGCCUUAAUUCCGAAAUUUCAGGUACAAUCCUUCAGCAAUCGGGAUGAUAUACAUACAGCUAAAUAGUUCACAUAAAUAUCUUCUAUUCGAUGCUGAAUGAAAAUUGUGGUAACAGGUCUGAGCUCAGCACCUGAAAUUCGGUUUUUGAGUCUCUGCAGACUCGCAACCACCAAUAAAUGAGUAAAAUAAUUUUAUUAAAGACCCAUCGUGGUCGCUUCAUAGCAAGCACAAUAAAUUUUCCUAUGAAUUUUAGACGAGGUGCGCAGAAUCUGCACAAUAUGCAAUUAAUAACUUUCGAAUUAGUAGUCCGUUAAUAGAAGUGAUGAGCUAGUAGUGCAACAAACUCCAUUGUAGGAUAAAAAAUGGUUUGAUUCGCGUCAAAAUGGCGAGACGAGAGGAACCCAGACGCGAUCGGUCACAGUCCGUUUCGAGCCCAGCUGAGGAGUGGGCAAGGGAGAAACGACCAAACUACUAGUAGAAGGCGAUUACAGUGCUUUCAAACGUGAUCGUCGACAAACCUCUUAAGGUCAAAAUAAUAAUUAUAAUAAGUGUUUUAUUAAAGACUCGUCGAGGUCCCUUCAAGUGAGAUUACAUCAAGGACGGCGAAACUCGACGCUAUGGGGGAGGAGUGAUAGCAGUGGCCAAAACGAAAAAUGAGGUUGUAAAGAUAUAAGUGGUGUUUUCCACUUGAUCUACCACUAAAUUCCAGAAGGACACUCCUCGAAGUCAAGAAGCUGAUUGUUCAGGAGUUAGACGGUUAAAUUUGCCUCUAUACAUUCCGGUGAAAGGCGUUUGCGUAAGUUCGAUUUGAAUACAGAUAACUUGGGUUGCAACGAAAUUUCUGGCGGAAGAGUAUUCCAAACGAAGGCAUAUUAGGCAGCAAAAGGGAGUUAGAGCUUAGAUGUAAUUCAGAGGCAGCGGAAUCGUCACGGAUGGGUUAAACGCGGCAUGAGACCAAUCUCUCGGAGUUAGAGUGCUAAUGAGCGGAAGAAUGGAGCUAGGGUUAAUGCGAAAAAAGAAGCUAAGGCCAGCUUAGAGUCUUCUAACUCACAAAAACUUAAUGUUUGCCAGUUGACAUCCCUGAGUAUAUGAACCCCUGGACGAAGCACGAGAGAACAGUUUCCGAGAGAGAACCCUGUUAGCAUUUUGAUUUUAUUACGGUCACAGCCGUUCAUUCAACCAAAGAGGGGACAGCAGCAUUUGAGGACAGGAAGGACAAUCGUGCAUGGUCGUUUUCCUGCGACAUAUUGCUGGAGAUUUAAGGGUAUCCAUGUCGAAUUAGGCGAAACAACUUUGCUGGAUUUAGAUUUCAGUAGCGGCAUGAGAAGCAUCCUGGAAAUUCUAGUCAGAAAAUUGUCCUUCUUCGUAAAAUAUCGUUGUAGUAUGGGAUCACACAGGGGGAAGUAAGUGAAAUCGACGAUUGAAUGGCAGCGUACCGUCCAGGCACCAGAAGGGAGACAUUGCAAGAGGCAAUUCCAGCCGAUUCAGGAGUAGGUUAUAAUCACGUUGCACAGAUUUGUUUAAACCGUGUCUGGGUUACGUAUAACGCAUUGUCGGUUUCCUCUAUUUAGCAUAACAAUCUGUGGCAGUCAGAGCCGGCGACGUUAGCGAACCACGACGGCAGAUAUCAAACCUGUACCCAUGAGUCUUGUAAAUCCUUUUACGCACACUUCACAUUUCUUCUUCAACGCUCUUUCCUGUAAUGUGUCUCAUAUUGUGUGACUGAGUGCUGUUUCAACAUGGAAAUGUUUAUGCAAGCAGCCGGGCAAGGUAACCCUUGCUAGGACCUGAACUAGAUCGACUUGCGACAUUUGACAUUUAAACAGCAGUACGUAGUUUGCGGCAAUCAGUAUCAGUAACGGAACCAGAAGUGGGCGAAAGACGGCGUCCUCGUACGUCUUUUAUUCGGUUAAUGGGGCAGCUAAUAAGACAUUCUCCCGCAUAGCAGCAAUGCACGCCCUGGUAUCUCCCUAUCUCCCGCCAUAGCUCUUUCUAUCUCCAUGGUCCUUAAGGACCCCAAGAUUAGCUUGUGCCUGUGGAGCAGUUUACGCACCAGUUUUGACUGCAUUUUUAUGUCAUUUUGAAAAUAGCAGACGAAAGAAAGCAAACUUAUUCGCGAACUAAUGUGAUCGUCCCAGCAGCUUCAUUUUGCAUCACCAGCUCUCCCUAUUUUAUAAGUAGCAAUGAGUGGAUAGGGUCAAGAAAGGAGCCCUGAGGUACUCCGUUCGUAACCGUCACUUCUGCCGAUUGCUGGCCACCAAGACCACCUCUCCCUUUUUAUAAGUAACAAUGAACGGAACCUACAUAUUAGGAAUACGCUCAGUAUUGUCUCUCUCAACGCAAGAUCAGUCGUGCAAAAGAUGGCACAACUAAGAAAUGUGGCUAUUGAGUUUGACUGAGACGUAUUGUGCAUUACUGAAUCUUGGGCUCACUCUCUAAUUUCAGACUCGGCACUCAAUAUAGAUAGCCUCAGGGCAGAAAUAAAUGUCAGCCUUGAUUAUAAUCUGAUAUCAUCAGGGCAGGAUUGACACGCCGGAUGAGACUAUUCGCGGCAAGGAGGCCAAACGAGAUGAAAAGAGACGCGAUCGCCUACAGUACGCCUCGAGCUCAGCCGAGGAGUGGGGAAGGGAGGUACGAGCAAACAACUAG